AUGCAGGACGACAUUGAUGCGGCUGAGAAGUUGGCCUCCAACAGUUUGGAAAAGUUACAAGAGUUGGAAGUGCUCAAGGUUGAAGCCCAUCAGCUGCGAACCGAUAAUGCUUCACUGCAAGAACAAGUCAACGAGGAGCGCAAGCUGCGCAAGCAGUACUACAAUAAGAUUGAGGAUAUGAAGGGCAAAAUUCGUGUUUACUGUCGAGUUCGCCCGCUCAGCGGCAGCGAGAAGGCGCGUGACUGUGUGUCAGUGGUACACUCUCCCGAUGAGUUUACGAUGGAGAUUCGUGAUGGUCAGAAGGCUGAAGAUUUCCAGUUUGAUGCGGUCUUUAUGCCCGGUACAGCCCAAGAGCUCGUGUAUGAAGACACAGGCAACCUCAUUCAAUCAGCCGUGGAUGGAUACAACGUGUGCAUUUUUGCCUAUGGCCAGACAGGCUCGGGCAAGACCUAUACCAUGAUUGGUGACAGCGGCAUGACUUCACCUGGACUAGCGCCCCGAGCUUUUGAGGAUAUCUUUGAUCUCGUGGAUGCCAACUCGGCCAAGUUCAAGUUUGAAGUGUCUUGUUACAUGAUUGAGCUGUACUGCGAUCGAUUGCGUGAUCUUUUUGGUUCGCCCAAGCAACCUGCGGAGUUGAAGGUGAAAUUGGACAAGCAACGCAUGGUCUAUGUCGAGGGCUCUCAGGUUCGCCAAGCUGCCACAGCUCAAGAAUUGUACAAGCUCUUUGAAGAGGGCAACCGCAGUCGAAUGGUGGCCAAGACGAACAUGAACGCAGAGUCGUCGCGCUCCCAUCUCGUCAUUGGUAUCAUCAUCCGCAGCACAAGUUUGACAGACGGCAAAGUCACGAGCGGUAAACUAAGCCUGGUCGAUUUGGCCGGUUCGGAGCGUGCUGGCAAAACCGGUGCAGAGGGCCAGCAAAUUAUCGAGGCCAAGUCGAUCAACAAAUCGCUGUCGGCCCUUGGCAAUGUGAUUACGGCUCUGUCAACCAAAGCCAAGCACGUUCCGUAUCGUGACAAUAUUCUGACUCAACUGAUGCAGGACUCUUUGGGUGGCAAUGCCAAGACUCUCAUGUUUGUCAAUGUAUCCCCGGCUGACUACAAUACCGAGGAAACGCUCAACUCGCUGCGAUAUGCCAAGCGCGUGAAAACCAUUACCAAUGAUGCCAAGAAGAACGCCGAGAGCGAAGAAAUUGCCCGACUGAAGGGCAUCAUUGCAAAGUACGUCUGGCCUGCUUAA